CCAACAUAGAACGAGCAGUCAUGAAAGCAUUGGAAAAGCAGUACAGUGAAAUUCUAAUGCCUCUGAAAGAUAGCAUCCCCAAAAAACUUGGAAUGCAUGUGCAGAAACUUGCAAGAAGACAAUCCACAACACUUUAUUCUGUUCCUAUUCAAUUGGGAACAUUCCUGAAUACCAUCAAAAGAAUUCUCGAUAUUCUGCACUGCAGAGUCGAGGAUAUAUUGAAGGCUUGGGCCUCAUGUCUACCGAUCAUUGGAGAGAAAAAGUUAAUUUUUGGGGAACAAAUGAAUGGAAUUACAGUUAUGCUAAGAACAAAGUACACGGCUUAAAAGAAUACUCGAGGAAACCAAGGAAGCAGAUGGGGAAGCUGAGGUUCGUGAAAGGAUGCAAAUGCUAAGUUCACAACUCAUAGAUUCCAUUACAAACUUGCAUGAGGUCUUCUCAAGCAGGAUUUUUGUUGCAAUAUGUCGUGGGUUCUGGGACAAGAUGGGUCAGACUGUUUUGAAGUUUCUGGAGAGCAGGAAAGAGAACAGAAUCUGGUAUAAUGGAUCUUAUUAUGCUCUUGGGAUUUUGGAUGACACUUUUGCUUCCCAGAUGCAGAGAUUGCAAGGAAACGCCCUGCAACUGAAAGAUCUUGAGCCCCCUCGUUCAGUAAUUGAAGCUCGUUCUGUUCUUUGCAGAGACACACAAAAUACAACUGAUGCAUCCAAUUACUUCUAUUUCUAGUAGCAUGAAAUUUCAAUUUCUCAGCGAAGGAGUGUGCAGAAUGAGCUUUCACCUCUCAUUGCAGCUGAAUUUGUGACCAGAUGUUCCAUGUUUCAGUGUUUCUGAUUCAUUUCUUGUACAGCCUGU